AUGAGCCCGUGGACAAAUCCUUUCACGCUGCGACGCGGCCCAGAGAGAGAAGCCGCAGACGAUGUCGGGGCGCUUGACCGUCGUGAGGCAGAAAACCCCGCGCACACUCCUCUGACCACCCCAUUCCCGGAUGGCAUCAAGGUCUUGCAUGAUUGUGCCGACGCCUCGGUCGAUAUCUGCUUCGUUCAUGGACUGACGGGAGACCGUGAGAGAACUUGGACGAAAGAUGGUCAAACAGACCCCUGGCCGAAAGCACUGCUCCCCUCGCGGCUCCAACGAGCUCGCAUUCUUACCUUUGGCUACGAUGCCUACGUCGUACGGGGCUCUGUUGCGUCGUCGAAUCGACUGGGCGACCAUGCGUCCAGCCUCUUGAACAAACUUACUUCGAAUCGAGAGUCGUGCGACGCGACGUCUCGCCCCCUCGUGUUCGUCGCCCACAGCCUCGGAGGCCUAGUCUGCAAAAAGGCCAUUCUCUUGUCGCAAAAUAGCGCAGAAGAUCAUCUGCAUGAUAUUUUCGAUUCCGUCAGAGGGAUAAUUUUCUUGGGUACACCGCAUAAAGGGGCAUGGUUGGCCAACUGGGCGAGCAUUCCAGCUUCCGCGCUAGGUUUCGUCAAGUCCAUCAAUACGAAACUGCUGGACGUCUUACAAAGCAAGAAUGAAGUUCUCGAGUCUAUUCAGGAAGAUUUCUUGACCAUGACGCGAAGACUGCGAGAGAAUGACAAGGGUCGGUUGCAGAUCACCUGUUUCUUUGAAGAGCUGCCCAUGCGACUAGCUGGGGAAGUUGUCUCAAAGGAAUCUGCCUCUUUCGAGGGAUAUACGGCUAUUAGCAUUCAUGCUAAUCAUCGAGACAUGGUGAAGUUCGCGACAGCAGAAGACGAUGGGUUUGUGGCGUUGUUGGGAGAGCUCAAAAGAUGGGUCAAACAGAUUGAUAACACUUCCAAAGCAAAAGAGAAGGAGUACAGUUUCACCGCUGAAGAUCUCGCCUGUCUCAAUGACUUGAAAAUUACCGACCCCCGUCGCGAUAAGGAACGUAUCGAGCAGCUCAAGGGAGGUCUUCUUCGAGACUCAUACCGCUGGGUACAAAGCAAUGGAGAUUUUGUCGAAUGGAGAGAUGAAAACUCGGGCCAGCUUCUAUGGAUCCGUGGAGACCCCGGAAAAGGGAAAACUAUGCUCUUGUGUGGCAUAAUUGAUGAGUUGAGCGUGUCUUGCUCUGACCCUACCACCGUGGCGUAUUUCUUCUGUCAAGCGACAGAGAUGAAGAUCAAUCAUGCCACUGCAGUCCUUCGCGGUCUGAUCUACAUGCUUGUUAUUCAGCGUAAAUUGCUCAUCACCCACGUCAGGCGAGAAUAUGAUCAGAACAGAACAGCCUUCACGGGUAUGAAUGCCUGGCAAGCAUUGGCAAAUGUUUUUCUUGCGAUUCUCAACGACCCCCUGACCUUGAAUCAGACAACCUAUAUCAUCAUCGAUGCGCUCGACGAAUGCACCACGGACUUGACUCCACUUCUUGACCUUAUUGCCCAACGAUCUUCCGAGGCUGCCCGCGUCAAAUGGCUCGUCUCGAGCCGGAACUGGCGUGAGAUCGAAGAACGCCUGAACAAUGCCACGGGCAAAGUCAACCUUGUCCUCGAAUUGAAUGAAGACUCAAUAUCUGCGGCGGUGGAGCACUUCAUCCAUCAAAGAGUCGACGAAUUGACCAAGCUCAAAGGGUACAAUUAUCAACUCCAGGAGACUGUUCUUCAAUACUUGCUGAAGAAUGCACAAAGUACUUUUCUAUGGGUUGCAUUGGUGUGCCAGCAGCUCGCAGGCCUCCGUGUGAAGAUCCGGCAUACAGAAGAUCUAUUGAAGAGAUUUCCACGGGAGCUGAAGCCGCUUUACAACCGCAUGCUCGAGAGGAUACUUACAUCUGAGGAUUCGGAGCUCUGCAAGCGCAUCCUGUCUAUCGUUCUCAGCGUGUACACACCCAUCUCUAUCGAUACACUGAGAGUUCUAGCCAUUCAUGAUCAUCCGGGCUGCGAUGACGGCGAAUCAAUUCGAGAGAUAAUAGAUGAAUGUGGCUCUUUUCUGAAAGUCGACAUUGAUUUCAUCUUCCUUGUUCACCAGUCUGCCAAGGAUUUCUUACUUGAUCCGUCAAAUGAGAUGUUUGAGGUAAACAUUGGGAAAGAACACCACAGAAUCUUCUCACGCUCGCUUCAAGUAAUCAAAACUCUUGAACGUGAUAUCUACAAACUCAAUGAUCUCGGGAUUUCUAUUUUGGAAGUCGCUCGACCAAGCCCCGAUCCAUUGGCAGGCAUUUCGUACUCAUGUAUCUUUUGGGUAGACCAUCUUGUGGACUGUCAAAACAUUGCGGAUGCUCUAGAAGAAUCUGAAGACUGGGAGUCACUGGACUCGUUCCUGAGGCAUGACUUUCUCCACUGGGUAGAAGCCAUUAGUCUCCUCGGAAGUGCAACGCAAGGCAUCGCCGCGAUGCUCAAACUUGAGAGCUUGGUUCGGCCCGGUUUCAUGCGUCGCUUGGUCGCGCGAUGGAAUGCUCGCGUUGGCGUCGUGGGAUCACACGCAAAUCUGGGAUCCAGCUACCGACAAUGGAUCACGUCGAAGCUCAAGAGCCAGGGCAAAUUGGCAUCAUGCGCUGCCUGGUCGGACGAUGGAAACCUAGCAAUAGCGUGUGAAGAUAAUACGAUUCAAAUCUGGGAUCUGGCUACUGAUCGGUGGAUACCAGCAUUGAAGCUCAAGGGACACAGUGAGCCAGUGAUGACCGCAGCCUGGUCACCAGAUGGAAGGCUCGCAUCAGGAUCAAGGGAUCUCACAGUCCGAAUCUGGGACCUAGAAAACGGUGAGUGCAAGUUCAUUCUCAACGGGCACAACGAUGAUAUUAGCAGAGUUGCUUGGUCCCAUGACGAAAGGCUCGCAUCUGGGUCAAGAGAUCGAACAAUCCGCAUUUGGAAUUCAGUUAACGGCCAGUGUAUCUCCGUUCUCGAUGGACACUAUGGUAAAAUUGUCUCACUAGCCUGGUCCCAUGAUGGAAGGAUCGCGACGGGCACGUUUGAUGCUUUAAUCAAGAUCUGGGAUCCGGCAAGCUCUCCCGCCGUCGAUACAGGCAAACUGAAGAGUGGAGUUACGUCAAUUGAUAUGUCGAAAGACCCAGGUAGGACGACAUCGAGUGUGAGAGAUGGGAUAUUGCAAGUCUGUGAACCGAGCACUGGACAAAUCACGGGCUCCAAAAGUCACAGCAGUUGGGUCUAUUCCGUCGCUUGGUCGCCGAAUGGAACACAACUCGCAUCAUCCUCAUCAGAGAUUAUGAUCUGGGAUUUGAACACCAAGCAGAGCAAGUUCCUCUCUGGUCCCAAGAAUCAGGCUGUAUUGAUCGCUUGGUCCCCAAGCGGAGAUCGACUCGCAUCAGGGUCAACAGAUCAGACAAUCAUAGUCUGGAACUUGAGCAAUAGCCAGAGGACGGUUCUUGAGUGCCAUAGCACCCCGGAUAUAUCCCUUGUCUGGUCACCGCUCGGAGAUCGGCUCGCAUUCAAAUCAUCGGAUGCAUCGAUAGAGAUAUUGGGCAUUGCGACGGGCCAGAGCAUAGUCAUUUGGGAAACCGAAUUUCCAGGGUCUCCAAUUAUAUGGUCAACGGAUGGCCGACGGCUCGCGUCGUGGGGGUUUGAAGGCACCUUCAUAAUUUGGGACUCGACUACAGGACGAAGGCUUUGCAAGCUCAAUCUCAAAACCGAUUUCUUGAAGUGGAUUGACACCAAUGCUUGGAACCUGCGGAAAGAGAUUGCUGUAUUUGAUGCGUGGUAUAAAAUACCUCCCGCUUCCAUACCGUACUUAAGGAACAUAGUCUCUUCAGCGUUGUCCAUUGGUUAUUCCUUGGAGAAGGAUAGCCACUGGAUAUGCUUUGAAGGACAAAAGCUCCUCUGGCUGCCGCCGGAUUAUAGUCCUGUCCGUGGGCGAAAGUAUAACGGGAGAAAAGAUGAUGAUGUUCAAGAGGGGAUUACCUUGUAA